ACGAGCAGUCGUCCCACGAGCCUCGGGCUGACCACCACCAGCGCAAGCACCACUUCCUCGUCUCAACGGCCUCUACACUCCCUCUCCCUCUCCCUCGCUCCACAGCCCCACAAUUCUCCACACCCUCCUCCACACUCUAACCUCGGCUGUCCGAGUGUGGUACACUCUGGCCAAAAACAAACUCGCCCAGCUCAAACCAAUCGACGCUCUCAAUUUCUCUCGCUCUUCUCACGACAACUUGCCGGUCUCCAUCUCCCUGUCACUCCUGCUCUCUCACCCCAUCCUUUCCCUCAUUUCAGGCAUACUGCCAGCCUUUUGUCCUACACCCACCGCGCCACUCUCUCCUUCUGCCAAACUGCGGCUCGACUGGGCCGAAUUGAAAUUCCGCAUGCUCACUUCAUCACCAGAACGGGCGAGCAGACCUACCGGCCAAGUGGUGCAGACUCAUUUGCUGCUCUUCCCCCUCACCCGUCUUGUCCGACGGCAUCGACAAACGAGACUGCUCGUUUCUGUGUCUCUCCGGCCUGUACAACGUGCGCGUUAGUUGGACGAGCUAAGUGUAUUGUUUCCCAACAAAACAUCGCCCUGUUACCUCGCGAUGGGGUAUCCCGUAAACUUUAUCGCCAUCCACCCAUCCAGGCCCAACCUUCAACAACUCAGUCUGCAAACAGAAAUCCAUCUGCCUCGCAUGGGGGCCUUGAAAUGCCGCCGCUUUGUCUGCAAACACACUGCCUAAAGCAAGCAUGCGAUAAGCCACGGUCUCGGAAACCGGAGAGCUGA